UUUUUUACUGCAGCUUUCAAUCAUGACAUCGAUUUGGAAUAGUUGUCUUUCGUAUGUUUUGAUCAUCUAUAUCUAGCAUCUUCUUCCAGCAUUGCAAAUUAUUUUGUGUUCGGUGUAGAGAUUUGGAACAGUCCACUGUUGAGUCUUCUGAACGCUACCUUCAGGUUUUCGUUGUUAGUCCCUGCUACCAUAUCACUCGAGGGAAUCGUCCAAAAUGAGAAUACUUGUAUGUGGCGAUGUGCGGGGCCAAUUUGCAACGCUGUUCAAUCGCGUGACAACAGUGAACAAGAAGAAUGGCCCUUUUCAGAUGGUGCUGUGCGUUGGCUCCUUUUUCUCAUCGUCUCCUGAUGCCAAGAAGGAGUGGGAUGACUUCCGCUCCACCAAGCCCACAGCGCCUAUUCCCAUGUACAUCAUAGGACCGAAUUCACCUGCUGAAGCGGUCUGCUAUCCCAAUGCCAAUCAAGGCGGUGACUUGCUGCCUGACCUCACGUAUCUGGGUCGUCAGGGUGUGUACUCUACCUCGGAAGGUCUUACUAUUGCCUUUUUGAGCGGUGUUGAAGCAGGCGCAUCUCAGGCUGGCAGUGCGACACACGUUUACAGCAAAGCUGAUGUGGACUCUCUGGCAGCCAGUGCUCAAUCAGAUGACUUUGCUGGUGUUGAUAUCCUGAUGACGACGGAGUGGGCACAGAAUAUUCACCAGUUUGCUCCGACACCCCCGCCAGUGGCUACGCAAGGCUCGGCGUCCGUUGCGCACGUGGCUCGCGUGCUGCAGCCUCGCUAUCAUUUUGCUGCCGGUCGUGAUGUCUUCUAUGAGAGAGCACCGUACAGGAAUCACCAAAUCCUGUUGGAGAAUUCUCGUCAUGUCACCCGGUUCCUCAGCAUUGCUAAUGUCGGCAACCCAGACAAAAAGAAUCGCUGGAUCUACGCAUUCCAGAUGACGCCCAUGUCGAGCAUGGAGAAGGCAGAGCUGAUGCGGCAACCGGACGUUUCCACUGAAUCCCCGUUGAGUGAAGCCCGUCCUAAGCAGGAUGUGGCUGACACGAAAAAGGCCGAGGCCGAGGCAGCCCCACAGCAGUUCUUCUUCGACAUGAAUGCAUCGCAGCGUGGUGGUAGAGGUGGUCGCGGUGGUCGUGGCGGUCGUGGUGGUGGGGGUCAGCGUGGAGGACAUGGCGGCCAGGGUCGUGGUGGUGGCGGUGCUGCUGGUGGUGGCGAACAUGGUCAUGCGGGUGGUCGUGGAGGCAAGCAGCGUGAAUAUUCCCAACAUGGAGGGCCUCCUUCCAAGCGGCCGUUUGAAAACCGAAGCGAUGACUGCUGGUUUUGUCUUGGUAGUUCAAAGGUGGAGAAGCAUCUCAUCGUUACCGUUGGUGAACAGGUGUAUGUUGCACUGGCAAAGGGCCCUCUAGUUGAUGAUCACUUGCUCGUCCUUCCUAUUGGCCAUCAUGCUGACAGUGUCAGUCUUCCGCCGGUUGUGCAUACGGAACUGGAGGCGUACAAGAAAGCUAUUGUGGCAUACUGCGAGUCCAAGAAGCAGUCGUGUGUCUUCUUCGAGCGAAACUUCAGAUCUCGCCAUAUGCAGCUCCAAGCAGUGCCGAUUCAUCACAGCCCAGAAGCAGUGAAGCGUAUCUUCCAGUCGCAUGGUACAGACCGUGGUAUUACCCUCAUGAACAUUACAAGCGAUGAGCAACUUGAUCAGCUUGUUGACAAACACCCGAAUUUCUUUGUCGUGGAGUUUGCUGAUGGCCAGCGCCUCUUCCAUUUCAUUAAGCCUAACUACAAUUUCCCACUGCAGUUUGCAAGAGAGAUUCUUGCAUCUCCAGACCUGUUGGAUCUUCCACGGCGUGUACACUGGAAAGAUGUUCAGCUAAGCACUGAUGAGGAAUCAGCACUGGUUCAGAAAGUAAGGUCUCGGUUUGCCGAGUUUGAUCCGGCCGCUGGUGGCGAUGAUGAAGAUGCCGAGUAGCAAAUAGUGGUUGUUGACAGAUGCGUAUUGACUUGAGUCUGUGUUUGCGUACACAGUGCAUCUCUUUGACAUGCAGCCUGACAUGCCCUGCUCGGCUGCUUGGCUUCUCGACCUUGGCUGCUGGGUGAUCCGUUCUGCCUUGUAUGGUGCUGGGGAAAUCACACUCCAUGUGCAUCUGCUUCCGUGACUGCUUGACAGUAUGGCUAAUAUUGGUUUGGCUGUGAGCAUGCCGGGCCGGUGAAAUGCCACAUUACAAGUACUGUACAUGUGCUAUAUGCAGAUCAUGGCAUGUACAAUUUACCACUUCAUGGCUUUGGAACAAUGGACAGUUUCCUAGUGUGGUCAUGUGUGAUACUGUCACAUGUGAUUGCAAUAUUUUCUCUAUUAGCUUUGCUCAUUAGGAAAGCACCAAGUCAUUGUCUGAGUUCUGACAAGCAAUAUUUCUCAGAUUUCAAACUGGUGCUCCUGCACUCCUGGUUGAAAGUUCUGUAGACUAUUAUGACACUCAAUUCCACAUGAAAUCCAUCCAAUCUCUUUGAAAAGUGUGUACAGUGGUAACUUGUAGGUACUCUGUGCACUGCAACAUAUUAUCAACUUCGAUUGAAAUCAGAAUAAAAUUGUUGUUAACGUAA